AUGCACAUUCCAGUCAACUUCCGCCAAUUUGACAUCCGUCAGGAUGGUCCGGGCAACAUUAUCAACAAUCCCAACACCAACACCAAUAAUACCGAUAAUAGCCCGGAUAAAAACCACGCCUCCGACAAUGAUAACUCGAGCAGGAAUAAUAUCAUUAUAAUAUGCGUCGCUUGCAUCAUUUUCGCCGUGGCAUCCGCCUUAAUGACCUAUUUCGUCUUACGUACCCUCCGUCGCAUGAACUGUCGCCCGAAAUAUUUGCCUGGAAAAUUCCUAAAGGACAAAUGGAAUAGGUGGAACGUGGGCGUCUCAUACGGUCAGGUCCCGGGGGCGAAUAAUCCAAAUGCGAACACCAGAGACACGCCCGCCGAAGGAGGCUCGGAAAUGCGAACUACCACCCCGGCCGCCAACAAUACGAGCAAUGUUCGACGGGAUACAUCGGUUCGCUCGGUCAUCACCCUUCCCGCCUACUCGCCCAGUCCCAAGCCAACGGAGCAGGUCAUCGCUCGAGAGGGGGAGCGAGCAGGCAUGGACAUGGUUGUCGAGUUCCCCGAAACAGCUGAAGAAGAGGAAUCCCGCAGAGAAGAGCUGAUGGAGUCUCUCUACCAAAUCCGGUUGCAACGGCGAGAGGAGAUAGCCGACCGUGAAUGGCGGCGACAGGAGCGCCGGGAGGCUCGUGCUCGUGGGGACUAUAUUCGCCUUGAAGAACUCCGGCAGGAGAGUCGGGCCCGCGCGAGAAGCAGCGCGUCUGCCAAUGGAAGUGGUUCAAACCUCAACGCGGCUCUGGCGGAAUCUCGUAACCGUGGUCGCGAUAGGCGUAUCUCCAGUGUCUCUUAUGCAGAACUGGGCCACGUGCGGCAUGACGGGUCGCGUAUCAGAGCCACGUCGCCCGAUUCGGACCGUCGUCCUCUUCUCACCGAUGCAUCAGCGCCCGAUCGAUCCUCAGGAUCGAUUCUCACCGGCGUUCAUUCUCGAGGCGAGUCGUACUCGUCGUAUCAGUCUGGGGUGUCCAACGUCUCCGAUGCGGAGACUUUGACUCAGGUGCAAUCGCAUGCGGCGUCUGCUCAUUCGGCUGAUCGCCCGUCAAUAACGGUCGACGAGGGUGAUGUGGGUGAACUCAACAUCCCGCCGCCUGAGUACGAGGUCCUGGAAUGGGGAGAAGCGCCGCCUUAUACGAGUCCAAUCGCGGAGAGGGGCGAGCAUGCGCCGCAGCUUCGUGACUUGACCCCCCUGCCAACCAUCCAUAUCGAUGUGGCCAGCCCUAUCAGCAACACUCCCACCACGCCCACGAAUCCUCUGCGGGAAGAGGAGCCGGAAGAGCAACAAACCGCCGAACAAACUACCGAACAACCUGCCACCACCACUCAACUCAUCACUGAAGAGCGUGUCGAAGAACACCCUGCUUCUGAAUCAGCCGAAACACACCUCUUGAGGGAUGACACUCAUAGUCACCAGGCGCGCGUCACAUCAACCGGCAACAUGUCGCGCGAAGCAACAACGAAUAGCUUCGCGUCGUUUGGCUCCGACUUCGACCCUGAGCACGAGGCGCUCGCGUCCACCAAAGAGCUCGGUCAUGGUAGCCCCCGACUUCCGUCCAUGCACACCAACGCCAGGAAGCGCCACGAGUACGAAGAAGAAGAGCCUGACUACGCUUUCAACACAUCCACCUUCGAGCAAUACCUACCAGAUUUUUCCCCGGUCGGCACAUCCGAAGAAGAAGAAGAGGCCGACAACGACGACAGCAUCUCCAUUGAGGCCGGUCGAGGCCCGACGAAACCUCCCCGUCGAUUGGACGACUCGAGAAACUCCUACAUGAGCAUCGAAAACAGCGUUCGCUCGUCGUCACCCGCCGUCAGACUCGAUUAUCCUACUUCUAAUACCCCUCAGAAGUCUGCUCUGCGGAACCCGGCGAGAAGAGCGGUCAGCGAUAGUCUCCGAAAGGAUGCUCAAAUCAGACGCGCCAGCCUUGCCCAUAAGGAGAACGUUGAUCCCCACACAGCCAAGUCGAACCGCAAAGAGCGACGAACGCUGUCAGACAUGCACGCAAAGGUUCGCGAUACUUAUGAAGGAUCCCUAAUCGAGGACGAAAGGCCUCCGGUCAUGGCCAACAGUACGCGUCCGACACGUUUUGGGAACCCCAACCUCUCUCAUCAGAUUGCCGAUGCGGUGGAGAAGGCUUCUCAGGAGGCCUACGCUCGCGAACUCCGUCGCGGAAAGUCCAGUAACAGCUCUCGCAAUAUGGCCAACAAUGCAGGUGAUACGGCUACUCAGCAGUCAUUCCUACUACCGGAUCUUCCCAACUUGUCAGAGUUGGUCUCGGGCGUCUAUGAAGACGGCACGCCCGUGUAUGCGCGUCAGAACAGAGCACGGACGACGCGCUUUGUCUCCCCUCCGCAUGAUGCUACUGAUGUUUCUUUGACUCGCGAACACAUGCCGCUGGAUGCUGUUCCCAUUCCGGAAGAUGAAAAGGCACUCUUCGUUUCAUUGAGACUCUUGCAGGACAAGGUUGCAGAAUUGGAGAGGUCCAAGUCUGACGCCGAACGGAGGUUGGAUGAUAUGAAGCGGGAGAAUGAAGCGCUGAGGGCAAACAAGCGCUCAAAGGACAAGCAUGGUCGCAGCCGACAUUACGAAUCCGACGAGGAUGACUACCGAAGAGAUCAGCUUGCCAACGAGAACCAAAAACUAGAUGCCGCCAACCUGGCUUUGCAGAACAAACUCGACAUUAUCGAAAGAAAGGCCCAGAUUCAGGAAUCGACUUUAAAGCGGCUGAACCGAGAACGAGACAUGGCAGUGUCUCAAUUGGGAGUUGCAUAUCUGGAGAGCCAAGACCUCAAGAGCGAGAAUGAGAGUCUGCGCCAGGAGAAUGCAGACUUGAAGUCGCAGAUAUCGAAGAUCUUGUCCGCGGGCUCCAGAGCACGUGAGGACACAGUCGAGUCAGAGCAGUCUUCUAUGACUGAUGCAAGCGACGAGGAUAGCCAGAUUGAUACGCAGCAUAGCAAGCAUACGAGCCGAAGCACCCGCGAAGUCACUGGCAAGAGCUCGCGAUCCAAGUCUAGACGUCAGGAAGAUUCGCGCGCCAAGAUCUCGACGCAGGUCGAUAAGGAAAUUUCCCGGCUUGAAAAGGAGCGUGCAGAAGAGGCACUGUUUUCGAUCGACGUCCCCCAGACCAGGGAAAAGUCGAAGUCGAGAUCAGGAAAGUCCAAGAGCCGGUCGGAGAGCAGUGAUGUGAGUACCAGGAAGCAGUCGAACACUGGCAAACAGCGCGUCAAGAGAGUGGUUGUCGAAGAGGUGGAGGAGACUGAGCCUGUUGAAUCGAGUGGUGAGGUCACUGGAAACACCAAGAAAUCCAAUGCAACGGAGCAGGACUUGACCUUGCUGAGCUUCGUUGAUGAACGUGAAAUCGCUCAAUUACGGAAGACGCUGGAAGAGGAACGCCUGGCUCGGAAACGGCGGCAGUCGAGUACAAGCAAAGAGCAGACUGCAAACGAGACCGGAAGUACGACCCGGCAGAGCCUGGCUAAGUUGACGAUUCCCAGAAAGUCUUCCCUCAAAGAAAGCAAGGGGUUGCCAUCUAGACCCGCCUCGGCCAUGGGUGACUUGACCGCCAACUCCAAGGCUAGCAUGACUGAAGGAGAAAGUAACUUGUCGGUGCCUGUCGAACGCCCCAGACGGCAUUCGGACAACUCCGGGGCUGCUGCUUCUCAGCGACGCCGGCGGAGGAUGGCCGAAGAGAUGACCUCGGCCUUUAUCUUGCCUGAUAUUACGUUCAACCCCGCGCAUCUGGUCGAGAACAAUCUUUCCAAGCUUCCCGAACCUGCUCAGCGUGCACUUGACAGUGCCACUAAGCACAAUGGCAAAAACUGCACGGUCUGCAAGCAGUCCAUUCCAGGUGCCUCUUGUGAACAUACUGGAGAGGCAGUGAAGAUUCCGAAGCCCGUUCCCGUUUCGGAGCGUAUGCCCGAGCCGUCUGUCUACAAUGAGGAGCCUACCAUGCGCCCCGCGCAAUCGCCAGAGCUUGCCCUCGCGACCGUGCUCAAGGCUUUGGAAGAUGAGCUGGCCCACCUGAAGAUGCAGCUGGUGGCAUACCAGGGCUCGUACAACAAGCUGGAUGCCUCGCUGAGCAAGCGACAGAGGAAGUCUGUGGGCGAGAAGAUCAAGAAGCUGUUGAAGGAUAUCGACAUGAAGGCCGACCAGAUUUAUGCACUGUACGACGUCCUUGAAGGCCAGAAGCAGAAUGGCCGUGAGAUGACGGAGCAGGAGAUGGAAGUGACUCUUCAGUCGAUUGGAAUUGAUACGGCAGGACGGACAGCAGACGUCACCGCCACCACGGACAAGUCCUCUCGCAAGGAACCGGACUCGGAGGACGAUGAUGAGCUUCCUUGGGAGGGGUUUGAAAUACCUGACGGCUUCCCCAGAUUCUCCUACUGUUCUUCACGACAAUAUCUAUAUAUGACCUCUACACAACCACCCGAGAUCCGCAAGUCCCACACCGACAAUCAUGUAGAUACUACUACUGCUAUCUCCGCGCCCGAGGCCGACGCCUCACGCCUCCGCAAGAAUCCGGACACCCAAUUCUUGUCGCCCGCCAUGUCAGUCGAUUCCUCCAUCGACGGCGACCAAGACAGCGUCAACACUGCCAUCCACGACGGCAGCUCGGCGCAGACCCGUAUACUUGCGCCGGCGCCCAUGCCCGGAUUCUCUCAGUCGCAGCGCUUAUCAGUAGAUGAUCACAACAGUAGCGACGACGACGAUGACAGCAGCUUCAGUGACAGCGACAGCGACAGCUUCAGCUCCAGCGACGAUGACGACGAAGAAGAAGAAACCAACCUGAUCGCGAACGAAGACGAUCCCAACCCCAACGAGGAAAACAACAACAACGACGCCGACGAGAAACCCGUAACAUGGUCCUCACUACCGAAAAAGAGCCAACUCGCUAUCCUCACCAUCGCCCGUCUCUCAGAGCCACUCACCCAGACCUCCUUGCAAGCGUACAUGUUCUACCAGCUCAAGUCGUUCGAUCCGUCCUUACCGGACUCGACUAUCUCCGGACAGGCAGGCAUCCUGCAGGGCAGUUUCACUGCAGCGCAGUUCCUGACGGCUGUGUGGUGGGGACGACUAGCUGAUGCGGAGUGGAUGGGGAGGAAGAGAGUAUUGCUGAUCGGGUCGCUGGGGACGUGUAUCUCGUGCUUGGGGUUUGGGUUCUCGCGGUCGUUUGUGGCUGCUGCGGUGUUUCGCACGCUGGGAGGUGUGCUGAAUAGUAAUGUGGGUGUGAUGAGGACGAUGAUUGCGGAGAUUAUUGAGGAGAAGAAAUAUCAAUCUCGAGCGUUCCUCUUACUGCCCAUGUGCUUCAACAUCGGCGUCAUCAUCGGCCCCGUGCUGGGCGGUGCCCUAGCUGAUCCAGUCAAGAACUAUCCCCAGAUCUUCGGACCGGGCACAUUCCUUGGUGGUGCGAAUGGGGUGGAGUGGAUGCGCAAAUGGCCCUUCCUGUUACCGAACCUGCUCAGUGCAGUGUUCAUCUUCUGCUCAUUGCUGGCUGUCUUCUUCGGCUUAGACGAGACCCACGAAACAGCCCGCCACCGCAGCGACUGGGGCCGUCAACUUGGCCACCGCAUCUCACGCGCCCUCCGCCGCACCAGACGCAAAGACAGCAAAUACUACCAACGACUAACCGAACUCCCGGACGACGAAUCCCUCUACAUCGACAACACCUCCCACCACCGCCGCAGCAUCAGCAUCAGCAGCCGCUCCUCCCGUCCAACCCCAAAGACACCAUCAUCCCGCCCCUCCUUCCGCCAAAUCUACACCCGCAACGUCCUCCUCACCCUCCUCGCCCAAUUCCUCCUCGCCUUCCACACCUCCGCCUUCAACGCCAUCACCUUCACCUUCCUCCCCACCCCACGCGCCCCUCCCUCCAACAGAACCGGCUGGUUCCACUUCUCGGGCGGCCUCGGCCUGCCCUCCUCGCGCGUCGGGCUCGCCACCGCCAUCAUCGGGAUCAUCGGCCUCCCAUUACAAAUCUUCAUCUACCCCUGGGUCCAAGGCUACCUGGGUACCUUACGGUCCUUCCGCACCUUCCUACCUUUCUCCUCCCUCGCAUACGCCCUCAUGCCCUUCCUCCUCCUUCUUCCCCGCGCAGCAUACAUCGUCUGGCCUGCAUUUACCGUGGUGAUCGCACUGCAGGUCGUGUCGAGGACGUUCGCGCUCCCUGCUGCGGUCAUCUUAGUGAAUAAUAGUGUCUCGGAUGCGAAGGUGCUCGGCACGAUUAAUGGCGUCUCGCAGAGUAUUUCGUCUGCGGCGAGAACGUUAGGGCCGUUUUUGGGUGGCUGGGGGUUGGGUGAGGGCCUGAGGGGGAAUUUUGUCGGGGGUGUUUGGUGGGGGUUGGCUGUGGAGGCGAUGGUGGGGUGGGUUGUUUUGUGGUUUAUUUGGGAGGGGAGGGGGAUUGAGAGGAAGAGGAGGUCGAAGAAGUAG